CCGCCCGCAUGGGGGUGGGCCACCGCGCUGCCUACUGCGCAUGCCCACUAACGGCCCACGGCGCGGCAACGGGACGGCCAGCAGCUCCCACGGCGUCGCUGCGCAUGUGCAAAAAAGGCUUGGGGCCGGGGAGGGGGGGAAGGGCGCUAUCUCCCGGUGUCGCCCCGCCGGCAUCCUGAGCCCAGGCACAGAGGGGCCGCGGGGAACAUGGCGAGUCUGAUCCCCGCAGCGGCCUCUUCUCCUGCCGGCGCCCCAUCUCGUAGCAAGAAGCGCCCGGCAAGCCCUGGCACCGGCAGCGGCCCCACCAAGAAAAAGAGAGCGAUGGCGCUGGGCGGCUCUCAGAGUGCAGGUGGAGAGGCCAUGAAUGAAAAUAAAUUUCUGAACACAGAUUCCAGCACAGGAUCAGUGGAAGCAACUGUCAAGCCAUUACCAUUUAAAGAUCCAAACUUCAUCCACUCCGGCAUUGGUGGAGCAGCAGCUGGCAAGAAGAACAGAACCUGGAAGAACCUAAAACAAAUUCUUGCUUCUGAAAGGGCAUUGCCAUGGCAACUAAAUGAUCCUAGCUAUUUUAGUAUUGAUGCUCCUCCCUCCUUUAAGCCUGCCAAGAAAUAUUCAGACAUUUCAGGACUUCCGGCAAAUUAUACAGAUCCCCAGAGCAAGCUGAGAUUUAGUACUAUUGAAGAAUUUGCCUAUAUUCGGAUGCUCCCUUCAGACGUGGUUACAGGAUACCUUGCUCUAAGAAAAGCAACAAGUAUUGUUUCCUAAAGGGACCAAAUGCUGUUGUAUAUCACUUGUGAACAGUGCUAAUUUUCAGAAUCAUGAUGGAAACUCACUGCAGGAUUGAGGUUCCUUAAAAAUAUUCAUUCAUAUUUACAUCUGGAAGUAGUCGAUGAUACAUGGAUUUGAAAGAACACAUGGUUUUGAUAAAUACUGAUAUUUGUUAGUUUGCCAAGCUGUAAGUAAUUUGAUUUGGUCAACAAAAUAACUUAAAUGUUAAGGAUAUAAGCCUGCAUCCUAACGCCUGAGUUAUAUUAAUUUCUGUAGGCCAGGAUUUCACACCCACCCUAUAUAUUUUACGUACUACUGUGGUUCAGAAGAGGAAAAAGUCAUCUGAAUAAAGGAAAAGGUACCAAGAUACGCCAGCUUCUAAAUCUGCCAUGCAAAUAUGCUUGCCGCUUGGCUAUGGAGAAGUUUGUCCCACCUGUAAAAUGAAGCUAAAAUACUAAGUGCUGCUAUUGUGGUGACUGUUGAUGGUGUUAAGCAUUGUGGAAAUUAAUAUCUUCAUACAGAUAUUUAAAUUGCAAGAGUUGUCAGCAUAAAUAAAGUUGGACUCAAACUUGCUUGAGUAAAAUAUCCUAAUGAAUAUUCAUAAAGGGAUCAAAUCAAAAGGUAACUCUAAUGUGACACUUGUAACUUUUAAGUGCUUCAUUUCACAAUCUGAAUUUUUUUUCUACCUUUGCUUUCUUGUACUAAUUUCCAGGACUUCUAAAAAAUAUACUAAAAAGACAGGAAUUCCACUAUGCAAUGAUGUUCUACCACCCAGAUGGUCUUCAGCAAGGCAAGACCUCUUAUGUCUGUACACCAGGAGGUACCUGAAGAGUAACUGACAGCAACUGAAUGUUGUUGUCCUUCAGAGGAAGCAGAACGGAGGAGAGUUUAGACCCCUAUCUGAGGAGUUGAGAGGUACUUGCUGACUUGCUGAAUGAUUUUUGAAAAUUGAUCUUAGGAGGAAGUACGCAAAGUUUUUCUGCCAUUCUUUCUUUUUGUCCUCUUCCUUAUGACAGGUCACUGAUUUGUUUUCUUCCCACUUCUGUGCCUUUGUCACAGCCUUAGCUAGUCACUGAUUUGUUUUCUUCCCACUUCUGUGCCUUUGUCACAGCCUUAGCUACCCAUCAAGUUUUGAUUUCUUCAUCUGGAUACCAAGUGCAGGAUCAGCCAUUCCUAGCCUCCAGCCACACAGUCUAUGCCAGUUCACUCCCAUACUCCAUAAACUAUCCUUUAGCUGUAGCAAUUAUCCCACUUAACUCUGAGUCAGCGGGUGUUGGCCAGAAAGGCUACUAUGCAAGUUACCACUUGUGGGAAUGCUGUCUUCCCCAGUGCAAAACUACCAAGUGCUUAAUAGACUUGUCCCAUAGCUUUUUAAUUACUAGAUUGUCCUGGUUACUGAGGAGCUGAGCCACUGAGCACUAGCAAACACAGCAGUCCUCAUCUCAUCCCAGCUCUGUCAUGGACAUUGUCAUCUUGUGCAAAUCACAUCUUCUCUCUGAGUGCACAAGAAGCACUGUGGUGACUUGUUAAUGUCUAAGCUGCACCUUGAAUGUACACUUCUAUAGAAAUGAUAAUUAGUACAGAUUUCUUCUCAUUGAAAGAAUGAAUAUGCAGAGUACUAUUAAUGCUAGUUUUCAACUCCAAAACAAAGAAACUCAUAACAAUGGGACACAUUGUUUACUCAAUGUAUCUGGGACUCAUUCUUCAGUUUUUGUGAUCUAAUAUUUACAAAACCAAAGGAAUUUUAAAAGUCUUUGACAGGCUUACAAUAGAUCCUUCAAAGCCCUGGAUACCAGAUAAUGCUACAACUGUAUCACAGAACAAAAAAAUCAGACAGAAUAUCUCCCCUCAUGCCAGUAAGCAUCCAAGCCGCAUUCACUUUGCAUCUGAGUUUUAGAAUGGAUUUUUUUAAACUUACUUUAUGUACUGAAAACAUGUUUAUAAGAUAAGCUUAGCUUUGAUAUGAAAAGAAAACACGUAGAACUGCUGUAAGAUUUGUUUUGCUUUAAAUAAGUAGACAGCAGCACAGAAAAUUGGAUUUCACCAGCUUGUUCUCUCCCACAAAUAUUUUUACCAUUCUUCAGAAAUGACUGUUUAGGAGCACAGGCUCCCUCACUGUCAGAAGUGUUCACACAAGUUCCAUGCCCUCCUGCACUGUAUGUGUCGCUUUUCUCAGCUAAUUUCCACUGUACAGUAUUUAUCCAUUCAGUUUUCAGAACUUGAGUUUCUUACUGAAUAAAUUGAAAGGGGAAAGUAAACAAAGCUUAGAAUUGGCAAAAAUAUUAAUGGAUACUCUCUCAAUGCUUUCUAUUCCCUUUUCCUUCCUUGCUUGCUUUUUCCUUUGUUGCUGGCUUUCUUUCUUUCUUUCUUUUUUCGUUUCCUUAGUCUGUAGUGCCUCACUUGGAAAUCAACCACUAGAAUCAUUCAACAUUACAUCGAACAACACCAGUUUACUGUGUGGAACAAUCAAAAUGUAUUUGCUUUAGCAGGAAGCUGAGGAUAGGAAAGAUCUAGUGGCCAACACAUACAACUGUCAUUCAGUCUGACUCAGCUCUUUUUGGAAAUCACAUGUAGACCUGCUGUUCUCAUCAAUGGCUUCUACGAGAGGAGAACUGAGCAUUACCUACUUUGCUGCAUAUAAGUCAAAAAUACGGAUAAAUGAGGAGCUAGUCUGUGCCACAGAGCAGUUUUAAAGUACAUUUCAUUGCCAGCUUUAGAAGAGGUGAAAUUUGUGAAUUAUGUUUAUAUUUAAAAGUACUUAUCUAAGGUUACGUAAACAUAAAUAAAAGAAGUUGAAUUUAAACUGCAAAGAUGACAAAAGAAAGGCAUUUGAAAAGAGAAGCAGUGACAAAUACCAUUUAAGACAUGGGGAGAAUGGAUUUUGACUAAUACUACUGUCACAUAUGUAAAACAGACUGCUUUUUGAAGACUUUUGUACAACCAUAACUAUCUGUCAAUUAUUACCUGAGUGUGCUGCUUCAUACAGACCAUGGCUUCAGCCUCACAUACAUUUAUACUCAUAUAUUCUAUUAUAAUGCCCCACUGUUAAGCCAGUAAUGGCACAAAAGAUGCCGGUUGCUAAGCUCCCACAGAAUUCCCACUGCCAUUAGUGGAAGGAAGAGCAGGAUCCUGUAUCUCCAGGGCCCUUUCCUCGACUAUUCACCACUGUUUUGUACAGCAGUUUUUGUUUUCCAUGAAAACCUUCCUGUCGCAGCCUUUCCCUCUGCCCUGUCCAUAGUAGGAAUGGCCCCUUCUGGAGAGCAGCGAAAUUCAGUUCAGAGAAGCCUUGAGCCAUCUCAGAGCCCUCUUCCCUGGUCUGUAUUUCCUUGCCUUCUCCCACCGUAGUGCUCUAGAGCUUUGUGGAUGCACUACAUAUGGGCCUCCACAGAGGACAGAAGUAGCAGGCACAUGCAGGGACAUGUGUCUUGAUCUCCUUUGACAGAGAUCUGUAAGUGUCAAAACUACCCAGUGCACAAAGAAGCAAAGGAAAGGGGAGGGUUUUUUACUAGUGAAGAAUAUUGAGCUGAAAAUGAACUAGCGUAGGGUUAAAAAGCCUUUGUAAAUCCAUUCUGUUAAGAGAAAAGCUCCAACUCCCCACAUGAUUAAAAUGUUUUUCCUGAAAGAGUAAGUCAUCUUUAAUAAAUUAAGACACCAAUUUAUUAUUAGAAAAGCUACCAAGAGGUUUUAAGGCCUCUUACAAUCUGUAGCAGUGUUUGUGGUUUACAUACUGCAAGGAAGGAGACAUUCACGGAUUUAAUGUCAGAUUGGGCGGGGGGGAAUGACUUAGUGCUCUUUUUAGAAAGAAGAGUCGAGCGAUAUCGGUAUUAUUACCAGACACUUCAAUCACACUAAGAUGAUGAUACCAUUAACAUUAGAAUUCAUAGAAAUGCCUUCUUAUUUUUCUCAUGUAUGUGUUCCUGAUUAUAAACCACUAUUCUCUAUCUGCCAAGAGGUGGGCAGGCUGUAAUAAAGUAAUUCAUUUUCAUGUAAGAAAAAACAUUCUUGUUUAAGUCCACUUGGUAUCUAUAGGUAUUGCUUGACUUGGUUUUCUGUUAUCUGAGAAACUUAAAUCCAGUCAUUUCAGAUGAUUAUACUAUUGUAAAUCACAGCCUACAGACUGCAGUAGCAGUAAUCUCUUGGGAGACAUAAUAACAACUAAUAAACGGUGUUUAAGCUA